AUGGAUGAUCUUCAUGGUAUCAACCCUGUUUUAUGCAUGCAUAGAAUUUUAAUGGAAGUAGGACAUAAGACUAGUUCCCAACCACAAUGCCGGUUGAACCCCCUCAUGAAAGAGGUUGUGAAGAAAGAGCUAAUUAAAUGGCUAGAUACAGGCAUAAUAUACCCAAUCUCUGAUAGUAAGUGGGUAAGCCUAGUUCAGUGUGUACCAAAGAAAGGGGGAAUGACUACUGUGACUAAUGAGAAGAAUGAGCUAAUCCCUAUAGUAACAGUAACUGGGUGGCGCAUAUGCAUGGACUAUAGAAAGUUGAAUGAUGCCAAGAGAAAAGAUCACUACCUUGUACCAUUUAUUGACCAAAUGCUUGACAGAUUAGCAGGCCAAGAGUACUAUUAUUUCUUCGAUGGGUAUUCUUAUUACAACCAGAUUACCAUUGGAUCAGAGGACUAG